AAAAAUUAGAUAUACAUUACGUACAUACAUGCAUUUAUAUAUACAUGCAUAUAUAUAUAUGUCUUUCAAGUUCUUAAACUUCAUUAUUUAAUCAGGAACAUAAAACAUGAACAAAGUAGUCACAAUAAUAUGUUGUGUGGUGAUUAUGUUGGUGCUUGCAAGGCCAAACACACAAGUCAAAGGCCACAAACAUUCAUGCGCAAAUCUUAAGGUUCGAUUAGCGCCUUGUCUUUUACAUUUGAAACAUUGUCACCGCGUCUGUAAAUCCCCGCCUUGCGAUGCGUGUGGAGCUCUGCCAUCGUUAUGUUGUCUAAACCUCGAUAUGAUAGCUCGAAAAAUGAAUUCUGACGAGGAUGCAAAAAUGAUGUGUAGCUGCAUAAAGGAAAAGGCGAUCGAAAAAGAUAGAUUGCCUGGUUUUGAAGUCUCGCGACUUCCUAAGGCGUGCCUGAUCAAUAUUAAAAUUCCCGUGAUCAAUGCCAACACCGAUUGUUCUAGGUGGAAGAAAAAGAAUAUAAAGCAUGGCGUCUAGCUUUCACUAAUCUGGAAGUCACUUUCGACGUUUUUGACUUCACAUAUGUAUUCUUGUAACGUUAUCGGUUCUUCAUGUGUUACAAUAUAAAAGUAUCUAACUAGUCUGUGUCAAGUAUAUAAAAUAAGAAGUAAUAGCAAACUACAAAAAGAAUAUCAAAUUAAGUUGUCACAUAUGUUAAGGCUUCAAUGGACCGUCACGGCUAUUCUAACAAAUUUAUGGCUCAACCGCACUCAAGUUUAUAAAAGCCAAC